AAAAUUAGUUCUCCGCACGCGCAUCACCUGAACGCACCAUGACUCUGGCAGCUAGCCUAGCCAGCUAACUUGGCUAAUCUGAUUUACCGUCUCGGUUAAGCAGACGCGACGUUAGCCAGGAUUACUACAUUUAGUUUUCCAUAUCUAGCGUUUAACGCUUUAUCUUUAAGACGUGAAUAUCAUACACACAUACAUCAACAAUGGCAUCGCUUGGAGAGCCCGUACGAUUGGAAAGAGACAUUAACCGUGCGAUUGAACUGCUUGAUAAGCUCCAGAGGACGGGAGAGGUUCCUCCUCAGAAGCUGCAGGCGCUACAGAGGGUCUUACAGAGUGAAUUCUGUAAUGCUGUGAGAGAAGUUUAUGAACAUGUAUAUGAAACCGUGGACAUCAACAGCAGUCCUGAGGUCAGAGCCAAUGCCACAGCUAAGGCCACUGUGGCAGCAUUUGCAGCAAGUGAGGGACAUUCGCAUCCACGUGUCGUGGAACUGCCUAAGACCGAAGAAGGCCUGGGUUUUAACAUAAUGGGUGGAAAAGAACAAAACUCACCGAUUUACAUCUCUCGGAUCAUCCCAGGAGGCAUCGCAGACCGACACGGAGGCCUGAAGAGAGGCGACCAGCUUCUCUCUGUUAAUGGAGUGAGCGUGGAAGGUGAGCACCAUGAGAAAGCUGUUGAACUCCUCAAAGCAGCUCAGGGCACAGUGAAGCUGGUGGUGAGGUACACCCCCAAAGUCCUAGAGGAGAUGGAGUCACGCUUUGAGAAAAUGAGGUCGGCGAAGCGCCGGCAACAGAACAACUUUCCCAAGUAGGAUCCCUGUUGAUGCCCAGCUUCCAUGUCUCUCCUCCUCUAGCCUUCUGGCCAUCUGUUCUGGUGUCUUUUUUUAACUCCCUGCCCAAACAAGGGAAAAAAAUGAAUAUACCCACAUAUUUUAGUUCCCACUCACACAUACUGCGUUUUGUGCUUCUGCUUUGUUCUGUAGCAUGUUUUGUAUUUAUCAUUGUUACUGUACAAGACACUAAGACUCUAGAUGAACACUAGAAUGAACUGGUCUGUCAGAGUAGGUGGUCACUCACACUUGUGCAUUAUUUCUGAAUUGACAACUUGAAUGCAACUGAGACCAACUACAGAGCUCAUUGACUGGAAAGGUAGUGGUGAUCCUUUUAUCACAACUGCUACAAAGUGCCUCAGGGCAGACACAUUUAACAUAUGUGUUCACGUUUUAUAAGGUUUUAAAGGACCCUUAUCAAUAAUUUUUGCUUGUAUGAAUUACUACAUGCUUUGCAAUUGGUAUUAUCAAUAGGGAAUCUGAUCUGAUUAAAAAACAUGGUUUUCUUAAGACCCUUUAACAUUAGACAUAGAUUAAAAUGGCCAUUGUAUAUGCUGUUCUGGGAUACAGAGGCUUUUGAGGAGUUGAUGAUAGUUUAGAAUAAUUUAAAAUUAGAUAGUUUUACAGUAAGUUUAAUAAAAAGGGAAAAUGCUGAGAAGACUCAACAAAAGUGGAGUUUUAUUUCUGGCAAUCUACACGCCACACUAUAAAUAGCCUAGUAGGCAGUGUGGGGUUUAAGGAGCCCAGCACAUGCUGUAAAUGAUCUAAUGAGGUCUGAGCAACAUGAACUAAAUUCCUGCCUCUGUUGUUAAUAAAAUUUUCAUAAUCUCAGCAAUUGGCCUGACUCGAGAAACAGAUUCAGCUUUAGAUUGAUUUGACAUAAAUCAGGAAUGUAGUUAAUGUUGUUUGUCAGCGGAGUAUUUCAUCAAUAGACACUUAAUGUUUUUUGGAACUGCUUGUUAUUAUUUGCGUCACGUCGUGAAGAAGUAGAAGUACUGCAUCCAUAAUAUCAAACUACUCUCUUUAUGCCACAGUAAUGCCUCAUGAGCUUUCCUCAUCCAGUAGAUGACACACGCUGUAUAUGAUCACUGCACGUUCAUCAAGGCCACAGUGUUUAGAAGAGUAUGUUGGGUUUUAAACAAUUUUGUUACACAAUGUUUGCAGAAAAAAUUAAGUGUCUUAAAUGAAGCAUUCACUACUUCUGAACUUUUAUAUCCUGGUGUCCAUGAGAGCUUAAAGCUUAACUGUACUCAUAAUACCAGGUUUGCUAUAAAAUUACAGUAAAGAUGUACAGAAAAAUGUCUUGAGAUUUUAAUUAACCCAUCAUUUUGUUGCAUUUAAUUGUAUUUCAUUCAAAAACACGACUAAUAACAUAUUUCAAUAAUUUAUUACAGCAAUAAGUUAGUACACCACUAUGGAUGCAUUCCUAUGUUCUCCUUAGUUUUAUUUCAUUAUAAGUAGUGAUGCCACUAGAGCCAUUAAUGCAUAGCAGUGAUAGUGAUACCUAUGUGGACAUUGUAACAAUGACCAACAUGUUUAUUAUUGGAAAUAGUAAUAAACUGAUUUGCAGCAGCCAAUAGCAGUAACUCCAACACACCUUUUGUCUAGGAUUUACAAUUAUUAUUUAUAAUCUAAGGUUUUGACCAAGUGCAUACAGACGCAGAUGUCAGUCAUUUGAAAAAAAAAACAUUUUAUGAUGUGCUUAAAUUCUUACCUGAUAUCCAACAUGUCAAUCAAACACAAACUAAGAAAGGUUUACUUGCAUAAAGGCCUUCUUUGUUUUUCCAUUCAUUUAUUUAUUUUCAGUAUGUGGGGAAGCAAAUGAAUUUGCAGAACAAAUCUAAUUACAGAGAUACAGUCUGAGUUGAGGCAAUAUCAUUUAUACAGAACACUAUAAAACUGUAAGCCAUAUUACAUUCCAGGCUCAGGAUUAACACAUCACUUUCUCAAGAAAGAAAGGUAACAGUAACACAACUGAAGGACAAGGUAUAAAAACAGUGGUUUAUUUUUUAACACAGUUCACCCUUGAAUAUACAGUUGACUGUGUGCUUGGCUUAUCCUCUUGUGGCAGAUAUCACUUGCCACCUUAAAAUAGAAAUUCAUCCUCAAAAAUGCACUGAACUGCACAAAAGUAAAUACAUUAGAUUGUCAAAAUGUGGCAUUUCAGCGACAGUUAUAAUCUUUCACCAAUAAAUGGAACUAAAAUUGUACAUUUGAAUAGAAAAUAACAGCAUGCAGCGAAACACUGUCUAUAUAAGAUUAUUUUGUAACACGUCUAAACUAAAGAUCUUUGACAUAAAGACAGCAGGUUUCCACACUAAAACUUAACUCUGUGAGGAACUGCUAUAUGUCCAUUAUUAUCCUCCAUGUCACAUCCUUUACCUGCAGGUUCAUCCUCAUUCAUGUCACUGGCAGGUGUCAUUCACUUUUAUUAAAUUGUUUUGUUUUAACAUUGCUUUAAAUAUUGCAGAGAAGUUGUAUUUUUCUCACAAGAAAAUGCCGAAUUUGGAGACAGAAAUAAAACACAUAAUACUGCAAACACUGAAUGCAAACUAAUUAACUAUGCAAGGUUAUUUCAAAAUUAGGGAAAUACCCUGUUUUGGUGCAAAAUGUAAUUUUACUACAGAAUGUUAUAAACGUUCAUGCUUUGAGGUUGUGUGAACAGAUGCCCAAUGGUUUGUGACAUGUUCAACAGUUUUGGCACAACUGCACUUGAGACACAUUGGAGUUACAAAAUGUUACGAGACUUAAAUGAGACUCCUCAUAAUCAACCACCACAGUAAAUAUUUCAAUGUAAUAUUAGCCUUGCGGUCUAAUAAUGAUUGUAAGAAUGCAUGUAGGACAAUAGGCUUAUGUGAAAGCAAGCAAGUUUACAUUAGACAGAUUUAUAGGCUACUGAGCAGAAAAUCACAGCAGAGGAGUUAAGAUUGUACAUAAGAGUUGAAACACCUCUUAAUGAAUAGUUUGUCCUGUGUUGUACUUUAACUAGUAGCUCAUACACAUGUAUCAUAAAUCAGGAAGAAAUGUAAAGAGACUUCGUAUUAAUAUUGCACAUCCACUCUCUCCACUGAAUGUCACUGACCAUUUUCUUAGUUGCAAAAUUUUAUGGAGUACCUUCAAUUUUCUACCCUUUUUUCCUCGUCUGUAUAUUGGAAUGGUCAAUAGAGUAUUUUUUAUAAUAGUUUUCUUUUGAUAUUUUUCUCAAUUUUUAUAAGUGAUUUUCCUAAAAAUUAAUGCCAGGAAUGAUUGGUACUACAAAAUUUGAUUCGGUACCAGGGCCAUUUCAGCAACGUCAUAACUAAUGGUUAAUUAGAUCUAGUGACUAUGUGAACAGAAUAUGGGGAUGAAACUGUCUUUUUUCAGAGCUUUUUUUCUGAGAUCUGAACUAACUUUUCUCUCUGGUACCAAGACCAAACUUGCAACAUUUGUGACAAUUUUGAUAAUGUUUUAAGAUGUUUUAGUUGGUGCUUGUUUAGGAUUAUUACCUGUAAACAGUGUUGUGUUUUAUGUUGCCUAAUUGACUGUAUUAGAUUAACAUGGAAUGUAAAAUGUUGUGAUGUAGAUCAUAUUAUUCAUGAGUUGAACUGGAGGCUAAAUAAACAGUACUUAAAUUCA